AUGGACGCAAUGCACGACGAGAUGGCCGCCCCAGACCAGCUCCUCUCCCCGACCCGCCAGCUUGCCAUAUCACAUCCGCAUCACUCCGCUCCAGUACACGUCGGCCAUCGUGACCUUGGCCCUGCGCUUCACCCGCCGAUCGAGCCCACGUCCUCAGCGGCCACUGAUGCCCGACCAUGUCCACCACCACCACCACCACCACCAGCGCACCGUGGAGUUUGUGACGAGCAACCGCAGCAGCAGCAGACUCUCGUGACUGCUUCGUCCUCGUCGUAUUUGACGUUCUUUCAGCGGCCGCAACGCCCCGCGGCUGCUGCCAACGUGGUUCUCUCGGAACUACCCAACGAGCUUUUACUUCACAUCCUCGGCUACCUGGAUGUGAACGAUCUAUUGUCCACUUCGAGGACCAAUCACCACCUGCGUCACCUGUCCCUGUCGCCCAUCCUCCACCAUUAUCGGCUCCGGCACACGCGCGCCAUCCUGUCGCCGCUCCUCGCCUCCCCCUCCCGUCCUUCUCUGGCGGAGCUGAUCGCCCGCUCCAUCUUCCUGACUCACACCUCCGUCGUCUCCCGCCGCCUGGCCCGGUCCCUCGUGUCCAUCCGGCUGUCUCGCCGCCUCGCCGCCAGGCCCUCGGCCGAAGCCCUCGUCGAGCGGGCCGUGCUCCCCCCGGAGUGCGUCCCGGGCAUGAGCAUGGUGCAGGUGGCGCCCUCUCUCGUGGCCAAGAGGCGGGCCAUCGAAAAGGAAAAGGUCAAGGACGGGCUGAGGAAGUGGGUUGAGGGGGUCUGGAAGGGCGAGGUCCGCCAGAGGGAACAGGGCGUCAGGAAGUGGGAGGAGAGCAAGGGCGUCGGGAGGGUCUGGCGGCUGAGGCGAUUCUGGGAGAGGGUCUCGAGAGGGGACGGUGUCGGCUUCCGGUAG